GAUGGAUACUGUGACACUGUCUACUGUACAUGCAAGGCAGCAGCAUGUACCUAACCCUGAUCACAUAAAUGCAUUCAAAAAAACAGUAGUGCAAAUCUAUGUUAAUUUAUGUCUCCAUGGCCAAGGUUAAGGGGCUUUUAAUCAUUAAUACACAUUGUUUCAGAAGCAGGUAAGAUAUGAAAUGCACUUUCUCACCUUCCCUCUCUCAGUAUCACGCACAAUUUUUCAGUGUUGUUGGGGAAAUGGCUGCGAGUCAUUGGUUGGGGUUCUGCAAUUAUGUUUUUGUCUGUACAUUUUUAUGAUUUCACUUGCAUUCGUUCAGCUGUGGUCAGGUAAGAAAAGUGCAAUGAAGAAACUCAUAGAUGUAAAUCUACACAAUUAUUCUUGUAUGGUUGAAAUGUUCCCUUGAAUAUGAAGUGUAUCCCUUUUUAUGUCUUUCCAUCCUAUGCUUUAACAUAAGAGUAAUAUUUUGUAUUCUGUGUUACCAUUUUGUUUGGCUUGAAUAAAGCAAAAUAAGAGUGACCUGCUGUUGCCAUCCUCCAUGUGAAUAACAGCCUGAGGGUCUCUGCACAUGCAGGUCCUAGCUCGAUCGGCUCCAACUCAAUGUUGCUAUACAUUGGCAAAAAAAAAAAAAAUAGCUACACAGAGAACCUGGAACUUUCAGAGAACUGCAGGAGAAUCUGUCAGAUGGACCAGUCAACAUGAACAAUACCGAACCAGGCAACGGCAGCAACUUCUACUGUCAUUUUCAAGAAGAUUUUAAAUACAUUCUACUUCCCGUCAGCUACUCCCUGGUGCUCGUGUUCGGCCUGGCACUGAAUUCCACGGCGCUAUACACGAUUGUGUUCUGCACAAAACGCUGGAAUCCCUCCACUAUCUACAUGAUCAACCUGACAAUGUGUGACACGUUCUACAUCCUCACACUUCCCUUCCUCAUCUACUACUACGCAGAUAAAAAUGACUGGCCCUUCGGUGAACCUCUCUGCAAGCUCAUACGCUUCCUGUUUUAUACCAACUUAUAUGGUUCUAUUCUAUUCCUGUGCUGUAUCAGCCUGCAUCGUUUUGUUGGUAUCUGCUACCCAGUCCGCUCUUUGAAGUGGAUCAGUGCUCGUCGGGCCAAACUGGUCUCUGUGGCAGUUUGGGCCUGUGUGUUAUUCUGUCAGGCACCUAUUCUUUACUUCUCAAGAAUAAGGGAUGUGGCCACAGAUAGGAUUUGUUACGACACAACCAGCCCAGAGUUCUUUGACGACUUUCUGGUGUACAGCUCAGCCGUGUCGGUGUUCAUGUUUGCCCUGCCCUUCAUGGUGCUGAUGGUGUGCUAUGGCCUAAUGGUGCGGAAACUUCUGGAACCUGGAUGGGGCGGUGAGGGAGGGGGCCAAGGAGCACUCCGCACCAAGCAGAAAUCAGUGAAGAUGAUCAUCAUCGUGCUGGCAACGUUCAUACUUUGUUUCCUCCCGUUCCACCUCACCAGGAGUCUGUAUUAUUGUUUCAGAUACCUGAGACAGGUCAAUCCUGCACAGGUCAACUGUAACUUGGUUGAGGCAUCCAGUAUUGCCUACAAGGUGACCCGUCCAUUUGUUAGUGCCAACAGUUGCAUGGAUCCUAUCCUUUACUUCUUAGCUGGACAGGACGUCCGCACUCGUCUCACCGGAUUUUCUGUUAUAAGAGCAGAAUUCAUGGUUCCAUUAUUCAAGCUGUCCAGGUCCUGAAGGAGCUAAGCAGCCCAAGACCAUCACACCACAUUUGACUGUUGGUAUGUUUUUCUGAAAUACUGUGCGACAU